UACCCUCUAUAUUUUACAAUAAUUACUACCAGUGUAAAUCUAACGGCUCUGCUUUCUCUCCUUUUAUUUCAGCUGUUCGAUUUCGCCGAUAAGUACAGGGGCAAAUACGACGGCAGCAUCACUGUGGCCCAAAAAUACUACCGGUCCAUUAGCGGUUACAAUGACGAGUUACUAUGGGCCGCGGCGUGGUUGUACCAGGCCACUAACAACCAGUACUACUUGAACUACCUUGCGAAGAAUGGGGAUUCCAUGGGUGGAACUGGAUGGGGCAUGACUGAGUUUGGUUGGGAUGUUAAAUAUGCUGGUGUUCAGACUCUUGUUGCCAAGUUCCUAAUGCAAGGAAAGGCUGGUCGCUACGCAUCAGUGUUUGAGAGUUACCAGCAGAAGGCAGAGUACUUUAUGUGUUCUUGCAUCGGCAAGGGCGCUCGUAACGUGCAAAAGACUCCUGGUGGCCUCAUUUUCAGGCAGAGAUGGAACAACAUGCAGUUCGUCACGAGUGCUUCUUUCUUGGCCACUGUCUACUCUGACUACCUCGCCUCCUCCGGAAAACCCCUCAAGUGUGCCUCCGGCAGCGUCCCAUCAUCCCAGCUUCUCUCCUUCGCGAAAUCUCAGGUGGACUACAUUCUUGGGGACAACCCAAGAGCCACUAGCUACAUGGUUGGGUAUGGAAACAACUACCCUCGCCAAGUUCACCACAGGGCUUCUUCCAUUGUUUCCUACAAGGUUAGCCCUAAGUUUAUUGGCUGCCGAGAAGGCUACGCGACUUGGUUCGGCAGGAAAGCCAGCGACCCGAAUCUC